GUGACUGUUAUCUCCGGACUUUGCACAAAGUCCGCAGGGAGGCGCGUUGGUUGCAUAGAGCGGGAGUUUGCAAGCCCGGGAGCCUGGAAACGGUGCAGCGGGCGGAGGGGACGGGGAGGGCCACAGGCUGGGAGUUCGGCAGACGCUGGGAUGUCCCCCUGCCUCCAAGGAUCAGGAGCGCCUGCAGAGAAAGUUCUGCAGGAAAAACGAACCUGCGCGGGUGGAGUCAGACCCUGGGCUCUGGGAGGUUGGGUUCCGGGGGCGGGCCUGGGCGCAGCUCCCGGGAUCCGCUUCCUGCUAGGCUCCUCCUUCUCCUCCCCUUAACCCUUUCAGCCGCUCGUUUUGAGGAGAAGUUCGGGAAGCAGUUCCGUCCCUCCUGUCUGCAGCCCUGCAACCCUCCAGCACGUGGAAUGAGCUCUUGGGCUGCGCCAUCCACAGACAAGUCCAGACGCCGGCGCUGGGGAAAUGGACCCGGUGACCUUCCUGGACGUGGCUGUGAACUUCACCAAGGAGGAGUGGGCGCUGCUGGACCCUGCACAGAGGACGCUCUACAGAGACGUGAUGCUGGAGAACUGCAGGAACCUGGCCUCCGUGGAUUGGGUGACUCAACAUAACACCAGAGACUCCAUCCCUCAGCGGGACACUCUUGCUAAAAAGACAUUUCAUGAAGCGAACAGAGUGUGUCUCGUGAGCAACAAUUCCCGGACCCCCACAUUAGGAGAAGACUGGAAAUGCCACAAAACAGAGGAGCCACGCCAGCAGAGGGGGCAGAAAUUGAAGAAAGUUGCUGUUGCCCGAGAGAGAGAUGGGUCUCCAGCUGGAGCCUGUGAAUAUUGUGGCAUGCGGGACAAUUCUAAACCUAGCUCAAAGCUUGUGCCUUCACAGGGAGAUUCCACAAGACGAUAUAUCCCACAAUGUGGUUCGAGUAUUUUGAAACAAAAUUCUGUCUUAACCAGUAAUCAAAAACUUUAUAAAAACGAUGAAUACGAUAGAGUCUGGAGGCAGAGCAUUCCGUUCAUUCCAUGUGUGAGGACUCCAAAAUCAAACACAUGGAUUGGCAAUCAGAACAAUGUGCUUCACAUGCAUCAUAAAACUUACGUGGGGGUGGACAUUCGUGAGUGGGAUCCAUUUAGAAGAGUUUUUAGCCAAGAGUUUUCCCUUUGGGCACACAGAACUCACAUUAAAGAGAAAACUUAUGAGUCUGACCAAUGUGAAAGCACUUUCCAAAAUGACUCGAUCUGUGCUGCGCAGAUGCGGUCUUAUAUGGCACAGGCAAAUAAUGAGAAUAAUCGACGUGGAACAACCUUUGCCCCCAUUCCAAGCUCUGAUCAGCACAGGAGAAGUGGGACUAGAGAGAAAAGCUAUAGAUGUCACAGCUGCAGGAAAGCCUUCGUUUAUCAGUCAUUCCUUAGAAGACACAUGGAAAUUCACACCGGAGAGAAACCCUAUGAAUGUAAGAAAUGUGGGAAAGCCUUCAGAUAUUCCUUGCACCUUAAUAAGCAUGUCAGAAAGCACAUCGUGAAGCAGUCCUUUGAAUGUAAGGAAUGUGGGAAAGCCUUCAGUAAAUCCUCAAAUCUUACUGAACAUAUAAGGAUUCACACUGGGGAGAAACCCUAUAAAUGUGAGGAGUGUGGAAGAGCCUUCGCUCAUUCUUCAGGAUUUAAAAUCCAUCUGAAGACUCACAGUUGAGAGAAGCCCAGUGAAUGAAAGGAAUGUGGGAAAAGCUUCACUAAUUUUCUCAAAAUACUGGGUGCAGAAGGAGGUUAUAUGGGUAGGGAAAGUCUUUCCUGAAUUCUCGUAUUCUUUUCUAAUAAAAUCCUGUAAGACGGUGAACUGCC